GCUCUUUCCCAGAGUGCACGCUCCCUCUGCUCUCCAAAUUAGCCUAAGCGUUCACUGACAAUGAGCAAGAUGACAUGGCGCUAUAAAGCGUAAUCUGGCUGUUUUAUGGCUCUUCUGGAUACACCUCUCUAAUCUUGGAGCCAGAAGUUGGAUAUGAAUUUUUUUUGCCAGCUAAAGUAAUUUGUGACAGGCUGUGCCUGCUUGCAUACUUGCAAACAUUUUUUCUCCUUUCGGUGCUCUCCGUGAGCCUCACAACAUGGACAGGUUAUGCAUUGGCAUCGUCAUGUGCUGCGCGUUCUUUCCGCGGGGCUCUGCUGCGCCAAAGACUUGGACUGCUGAUCCCAGGUCAGAAAUUGAGAGCGAGGCACAGCAAAAUGACAGACUGCAAGAGGAGAUAGAUGGCCAGGAGAGCAUCCUCUCUAAGCUGCUGGGUGAUUAUGACAAAGUGAAAGCCCUCUCGGAAGGCUCUGACUGUCGGUGUAAAUGUGUUGUCAGACCCCUGAGCAGGAGCGCCUGCCGGCGGAUAGAGGACGGGACCGCCGCUGCUCAGGACUUCUACACCGUGGAGACCAUCACAUCUGGACCAGAGUGCAAGUGCGCCUGCAUCGCGCCUCCGUCAGCGGUCAACCCAUGUGAGGGAGAGUUCAGGCUGAAAAAACUUAGAGACGCUGGAAAAGAGAAUGUCAAGCUUUCCACCAUCCUGGAGCUGCUGGAGGGCUCCUUCUAUGGCAUGGAUCUACUGAAGCUGCACUCCAUUACCCAUAAGCUGCUGGAUCGCAUGGAAAACAUUGAAAAGGCAGUGUCUCUGAACUACACCACGGAUGAGGUGAAGCCCCAAAGGAGCCCCCUGAUCCAGGCAGAUGCGAAUGAAAACCCACCCACCCCUGGUCCACACCGACAUCGGGACCAGAAGAGACUCAGUGAGGUCAGCACGGCCGCAGCAUUUAAAGACCCAGAUGAAAAGUAUGAGGAGAAGUUUAUUGGGGAAACUCUGUCCUUCCUGAAGACAGAUGGUUCUGCUCAGAUCAUUGAGGUCAAACCUCAGGCGACUCUCAGAGACGUGGCUAACAAGGAGGCUUCGCAUGUGUCGAAGACCGGCCCCAACGGAAUGAUCAUAAGAGGAAUGACUUUUUAUAAAUCAGAGCCAGAUCCGAUGGUGGCGGAUGACGGGGAGCCUGGGGAGAACUUGUUUGAGUAUCAUGGAUUCAGUGGUGAUGGUCCUAUUAACCUCUUGAUUGAGGAGAAUCUUCUACAACACAAAGCCCCUCGCCCCAAGACGAGAGUGGGAACAAGAUCAUUUCGACCAAAGACGACGGGUCCUUUGUACGUUUCCACGAAGACCAGCCAAACAACAAAACCAAAAAAAACCGAGCCCACCUCAAAAACCCACAAUGAGGUUAUCACUGCCGUUGAAACCACAUCAGUAGAUGUGUCUACAGAUGUACAGAGUACAGUCACAACGAGAAGCGUCACGUUAAAACCAACCACUACCACAGAAAAAACCAGGACCACAGACUCAGCACCUCAAACUACUCAAAGAACCACUGCUGGAAUCACUCAGUGGCCGACCCCUUUGAUGGCUGAACCAGCUGGCACUUCUUUAAGCAUCACUGAAAAGGAAACAACCGAAACUACAAUGAACACAACCCAACCUUCUGCAAAUACAGCCACAAAGGAAGGCCUACCAGCUUUCACAACAAGAAAUACAGCAACCCCCAUGAUGGAAACCUCAACCCAGGAGGUGAAAGACCAAAUGCAAACCAUACCUGGCAGGACUGCUGCUCAUUCAAGCACACUAGCACCAAACCCAGCCACGGAGGCUUCAACUACCAGCCCAGCUUCCACUAUGACCAUCACAACCCAUGAUGCACCAGCUUCAACACCGAUACUCCCAACAACGGAUUCCACAGCGGCGACCUCCACUGGGGCAGCUACAACAACAUCAGAAGAAGAAACUGAAUCGACCCACUUUUCAGGCUCAACUUUGCCCCCUAGCACACAGAGACUGAUCACUUUGUCUCCCCACACUUCUCUGCCUUUCACCACACCUGUGACUACGUAUUUGUCAGCCCCCCCCACCACCACCACCACCACCACCAGACAGGCAACUCACGUCAAACAGAAAUACAAAAUCAGCUGGGAUGAGGAAGAGGGCGAGGAGAGACACACGGAAUUAGACGAGCCACUGCAAAGGCAGGAGGAGUUUCCCUCAAGAAAACCUGGGCAGUGUAAGGACACUUUGGCAACAAUCUCAGAGCCAGUAACUCACAACACUUAUGGCAGGAAUGAAGGAGCAUGGAUGAAGGAUCCAAAGUCUGAUAAUGAAAAAAUUUAUGUCACAAACUUCUACUACGGAAAUAAUCUCCUGGAGUUUCGCAAUCUGGAAGUUUUCAAACAAGGCCGUUUCACCAACUCAUACAAGGUUCCUUACAACUGGAUUGGCACAGGCCAUGUGGUCUACGAUGGGGCUUUCUACUACAACCGUGCUCUCUCCCGAGACAUUAUCAAGUUUGACCUGCGACGACGUUACGUUGCCGCGUGGACCAUGCUGCACGAUGCUCUGAUUGAAGAGUCAUCACUGUUGGAGUGGCGCAGUCACUCGGAAGUCGACUUUGCCAUAGACGAGAGCGGCCUGUGGAUCAUCUACCCGGCACUGGACGAUGAGGGCUUCUCACAGGAAGUGAUUGUUCUGAGUCGACUGAACCCCUCAGACCUCAGCAUGCAGAGGGAGACCACCUGGAGAACCGGGCUUAGGAGAAACCACUACGGGAACUGCUUCAUCGUGUGUGGUGUCCUGUACGCUGUUGACAGCUACAACAAAAGGGACGCCAACCUGGAAUACGCCUUCGACACACACACAAACACUCAGAUGAUUCCCAGGAUGCCCUUCACCAACAACUAUACCUACACCACACAGAUUGACUACAAUCCCAAAGAGGGGGUUUUGUACGCGUGGGACAACGGCCACCAAGUCACAUACAACAUUAAGUUUGCCUAUGUAGACCCUUAGGAAAGGGUUGAUAGUUAUUUUAAAUAGUUAUUUCUACGGUUUUAAUGGAUUGUAGAUCAGUCCACGUGGCCUUAAGUAUGGAGACAAAUGGGGGCCAAAUGUACAAAUAUGCUUAAGUGUAUUGUGAUUAAAUUUUGUUCUAAGACUUUUUUUAUUUUUACCUGGAAUAAAUCAAACGGUUCCUCAGUAAACACAUCAAGUUGUACUGUACUUAUAUAUAUAUAUAUAUAUAUGAUAAUACUGUAAAAAAGCCCUAUGAGAUAAAUGAAUGUAGAAAGGUGUCAGAACCAGUUCAUGUUUAUGGUUACAGAAUACUUUCAUUCACAGAAGCAUAUUCUGAACAAAUCCCCAAAUUAUGUGGAGAAAUGUUUGUUUUGUACACAUUUCUUUGAAUUGCGUUUUUCUUUGCAUUAUACGCCACAGGUCUUCUGUGUGGUAAUAUCGCAGGCAUUGCUGUUGGCGUUUGUCUUGUGAAAGCACUUACUCCCUCCAUAUCAGACUGUUUUGAGGAGACUACAAUAAAGUUUGGAAAUACUAACAGAA